AUGAGCUCCCGGCCUUAUACCGGCAGAUUGUGCCCUAAUCUUGAGGAUGUCACGCACCGCUUGAACGAGCCGGGCGCCGGAUCCGUAGACAGUGGCUACGGCUCCCUCGGCUCAGUGGUGGCCCCAGAAACCAUCGAAGAGACCGACCUUAAACUCAAGAGGGCCGUCCCCAAACUCAGUCUGAUCGACGGCGCGCUCAAGGUGAUCGAGGACAAGUACUAUUGGAUUGAUCCAACGCAACUCCCCAGCCACACAGCCAACGAAAAGGUCUGGAAGGCGUGGGCCUUGACUCAGCCUUGUGCGCCUGGCCCCAAUCCCUCUGAUCCUGAUGCCCCCAUCGGCCAGGGGGAUCUGGACCGGAUUGACCUUCUCUGUGAAUCAGCUCUGAACGCACUCGAAAAGGUCCGAGAUCCCCAGUCUUUCUUCUGCGACUCCUUGGUCCACUCUGAUGAGAUGGGUCGGGACGAGGCGAUCACCCUGAUCAAGCAGGCUAUGAUGGACACCCUGGACCGGCUGGGAAUCAGCCAUGAAAGCUUGGAGGGUGCGAGUAAAGCGGGAAGAUACGGGACGGGGCUGUGGCACAUCAAUCAGACGAGAGCGGUCGGGGGCCAGUGGCUCAGAUACGACGAUCCAUCGGCCGCAAUCGACAGCGUGAAGCUGUCCUUGAAGGCCCUGCAAGCUCUCAGCCGAGACAGAGAGCCGAAAUACGCCAUGGACGCGACGUGGAGUGGGGAAUUGGGCGGUAGUCGAUGGACCCUCUUGGAACGGAUCUUGGAAGCGAGAGCCAUCGUGCAUGAUAUCGAGCGGGGCGGAAUGGAGGGCGAUGUGGCUGGAGGGCGUAGCACCGGCGGUCCGGCGCUCGAGCGAAGCAUGACCUCCUCAAACCGCGAAGAGGACAAAGAUAUCCUCGCAGGAGUCGGUGGCGGAAGUGAGCUCGGGCCAAUGGUGGGUACCGCAGAUCACUUGUACAAUGACUUCAUGGGGUUUGAGCCCCCGCCGACGUCUUGA